UUUUGUUCACUAUAGACACAUUCAUUUAUAAAAAUGGUUGAUAGCAAAACUGUGAUAAAUUUGACUAUAGCUGCCCUACUUCUCUCUUCUACAAGGCCUUCUGCAGCUAACCAACAGUUUUCUGAAGGUAGUACACAAACAAACACGAGUUGUCUGGUGGACACUGAUUGUCCCAUUUGGGCUGAAUGCAACAACACGAAAUGUGUCUGCAAAAUAAAUCUGCAAAGUCUCAGAACUGUACUAUGUGGAGAAAAUCUACAACUAUCUGUUAUCAGAUGCCACUGUCUGACAUAUGACAAUAGGACUGAUGAACUAUUUGAAGGAAAAUGCAUUGAGAAUUGUGAGAACGGUCGCAAAAGUGAGUACCUUCCGUUGCCAAAAGAUGUUUCCCAAUUGAACCAGUUUAUGUGUGAGAAGAGAUGGAACAGAACAGGACGACUGUGUGGGAGGUGUCUACCUGGACACUCUCCACUGGCUUACUCUUAUGACAUAAGGUGUGUGAAAUGUCCUGAGGGGAACAAAAAUAUCUGGAAGUACAUUCUAGUAGCUUUUGGCCCUACAACCAUAUUUUACUUUAUUAUUCUGAUUGGCAGAAUAAAGGCCAACUCACUAUAUCUCCAUGGAUAUAUUGUCUUCAGUCAGAUCAUAACAGCCCCCCCUUUUGCACACGCUCUUUCCCAGUUUUUACAGUUUCAUCAAAACUUACGGGUGCCAUGGAAAACAAUCGAGAUACUGUACACAAUGUGGAACCUAGAUUUCUUUAGAGGCCUCUACCCUGACAUUUGUCUUGAUGUGUCCCCACUCACAGUCUUAGCUCUGGACUAUGCAGUGGCGAUCUACCCACUACUGUUGACUGUUAUCUCCUACAUCUUGAUCGAGCUACAUGCUAGAAACUUCAGACUAGUGGUUAACUUGUGGAGACCAUUUCACUACCUUUUUUCACGCUUCCGUAGAAGUUGGGAAAGCAAAACUACUGUAAUAGAUGCGUUUGCAACAUUCUUUCAGCUUUCAUUUUUUAAAUUGGCUUUGGUCUCAAUAAACCUGUUAAUCCCAGUCAAGGCCCACAGUCUCAAUAAUGGGAAUACGACCUGGGUGGUGUAUUACGAUGCAAGUAUUGAAUACUUUGGCACCGAACAUUGUCCCUACAUUAUCUUGGCCGUAAUAUGCUUUGUGAUAUUUGUGCUUUCACCAAUUCUUCUAUGUUUGAUCUAUCAGUUUUUUUGGUUUCAGAAAUUGCUCAGCUGUCUACACAUCCGUCAUCCAUUGCUACGGGAGGUCAUGGAAUCCUUUCAAAGUUGUUACACAAAUGGUACUCAAGGAACCAAAGAUCGUCGAUGGUUUUCAGCUGUGCCAUAUAUUUCCUGCUAUCUUUUAUUAUUAACAUACGCAUUCACACUUGAGUCAACAUUCCUACCGCUAGCGAUAUCAAUUAUUAUCUUCAUCAUGAUGGCGACCAUCCUUGUUCUACCAUACAAGAAACAACAUGCUACUCAUACAAAAAUGGAUAUUAUAUUUUGGGGAAUUCUCGCUAUUUUUUUUUGCACUGACGAAAGCACAAUGUUCGAUUCUCUAAAACCACCACAUUUACUCUUAGCAUCACAAAUACUGAGAAUCGUAGUGUUAUUAACUCCAAUGAUCUAUAUUAUCUGCAUUACGGUCUACUUAAUACUAUCUAGAAUCAGUAAAGUGAGAAUGGUUGUCAACCGAGUAAGAACUUGGAGACGAGGCUAUGAGAGCAUUGAAGAAUUCGAUAACAUUGAACCGCACAGACUGAUCAACCCAGAGCUGUACAAUGAAGAGAGCCUAUAUACAGAACCAUUGACAUGCAGUAAUUCAAGGCAAGAUGGUGCUAUAAGGUGUCUAUAAACUAGAAUUAACUAAUGCUAUAUACACAUGCAUAUAGUAUUACAGAUAAUGCUAUAUACACAUGGCAUAGUAUUACAGAAAGGUCUAAUCGUAUUAUAAUUAUGGUUGAAAAUCAAAAUUUCCUCAUAA